CCUUGUUUUCUCUCGGACCACUUUCACUGUUGCGCAAGUCUGAGCCGCUUCCGGGGUGAAAGGGUACAGAGCAAGCAUGGCGUCUUCCACAGAAGCGGACGGCGUGAGGGCUAACUCUGCACAGACACAUGGAACUAAUAAAUCAAAAAGGAAAGCAAAUAAAGUUGAUGAAUCAGACCUGUUGACCGUGCCAGAGGGAUGGAAAGAAAAACCAUUUACAGCAGAGGACAACCCAAGGGGUUUACUGGAAGGAAGCAGCUUUGCCACUCUAUUUCCCAAAUACAGAGAAGCCUACUUAAAGGAGUGCUGGCCACUGGUGCAAAAAGCACUGGGGGACUGUGAAAUUAAAGCAACUCUAGAUUUGAUUGAGGGCAGCAUGACCGUCGGCACCAGUAGAAAGACCUUUGAUCCAUAUGCCAUUAUAAGAGCUAGAGACUUGAUAAAGCUGCUGGCAAGAAGUGUUCCUUUUGAACAGGCCGUGCGUAUUCUUCAAGAUGACAUGGCGUGUGACAUCAUUAAAAUUGGCUCUUUAGUAAGAAACAGAGAGAGAUUUGUGAAAAGACGACAGAGAUUGAUUGGUCCAAAAGGAUCCACCCUGAAGGCGCUUGAACUUUUGACAAGCUGUUAUGUUAUGGUUCAGGGGAACACUGUGUCUGCCUUGGGGCCAUACAAUGGGUUAAAGGAAGUUAGAAAAGUAGUACUGGACACAAUGAAGAACGUUCACCCGAUAUACAACAUCAAGACGUUAAUGAUCAAGCGUGAGUUGUCAAAAGAUCCAGAGCUCAGAAUGCAGAGCUGGGAGAGAUUCCUGCCCAACUUCAAACAUAAAAACCUGAGCAAACGCAAGGAGCCCAAGAAGAAGACAGUUAAGAGGGAGUAUACGCCAUUCCCACCGCCACAGCCAGAGAGCCAGAUGGACAAAGAGUUAGCAACUGGUGAAUUCUUCCUCCGAGAAAGUCAGAAGAGAAGGAAGAAGUUGGAGGAAAUAAAGGUGAAACAAGCUGAAGCUUUAACUAAGAAGCAAGAAGAACGGAACAAAGCAUUUAUUCCUCCUAAAGAGAAACCGGCUGUGAAAACAAAGAGAGCUCCUACUGAAACCAAAAUUGACAUUGAAGCCAUCAAAGACAAAGUCAAGAAAGCCAAGAAUAAGAAGCUGGGUGCUCCCCCAGUUAACAGAGCAGCUGAGACUGCUUCUGCAAGUGUAAAGAAAAAGACGAAAAGGAGCUAGGUUUUAUCCUGCUGACCUGCAGCGACGGAUGUAUUCCUUUGGGAUUCAAAUUCAUCUUUCCCUUUAUCUCUUGCUUUAGGACAUUCUGUAGAGGGGAAAUGUAAUAAUAAAGAAACGGCUUGUGCAGUACCCGUAUCAGAAUAACAAUACAACAAACACUGCAGAUACAAGGAGAGAAAAAAGGACCGUGUUGAGAUCUAUUUAACAGUCAGUUUGGUUGUUCUGCAUUUUGGUUUGGUCUCUCUCUCUCUCCUCUAUUUAUUAUUUUUUUAAUAGAUUACAAACUUUGCCAAUCCUGUUAGAUAAACUUCCUUUGUGUUAUUUUAGAAGUUUGCAAAGGUUUAAGCAGUGUUAAGUGCAUUAAGGAACUUGAAUGAGUGAAUUGUCACACCUUAAGUAAAUGAUUAAAAAUGAUUAAAUCUUGCCCUUUUUGUACUUCCAUUAGCUACAUGGGUCUUAAGUGUAGAGUUUUGAAAGAAACACAUGUUCUAGCAGCCUUGUCUUUUCAUUUUAAAAUGUUAUCUGGUACUACUUUAGGUUAAAAGUUUGGUUUCUAAGCCUUAUUGCAGGAUAUCUGUAACACUUUCACUUCCUGAGGCAUUCACCUCCGCUGUGUCUUGUGGCUGGAUCAUAACAGGAAAAGAAGCCCUUGGAGGUGGAGAGGUGGGGGGGAGGAGGAGGAGAGACAAGUUCCCCCUGCAGGUCAAAUGCAACACUGACUGAAAGACUGUUUGCAAACAGAUUUUUUUUGUUGUUUUUUAAAGCAAGUUUAGUUCCAUAUAUCAUGUUGUAAAACAAAAAUACAUGUUUACUGUACCGUG